ACAGUGGGGCUAGGAUAGGACCCCAAAGGGUCAGUCAUGUAAGCUUCUUGCUUGCUGUCACUUGGUCAUCUGGGCCUAGACCCACCUAUCUGGUUCCUACCUGCCUUUUCCUCUCCAGUGAGGCCUCAAAAGCCUGAAUAAGCUGGGCAGGAACUUUGGGAAAUAUCAGCUCCCACAGGGUGGUCCUGGGCCCACACUGCCCCUCCUUGCCUCUCCCUAAGACUUUCAGUUGCCCAAGAAGUCAGAGUCCCCACCUUCUGAAAUGUAGGCUCACAAGUCACUUCCCCUUCAAAAGUCAUCUUCUUCUAGCUAGACUCCACCCAAUUAGCAAAACCAAGCUCUGGCAGGGCUGGAAGGCUAGGCCUUGGUUUCUUCAUUAGGACUGGGAGCUUGUAGAAUUGUAGAGUUGGCCAUGUUGGUCCAAAAUUAUGGGAGACCAGUAGGAGAAGCAAAGCUAUCCAGAAGCCAUUGGAGAAGAGCCUCUGUAAACCCAGAAUGCCCUGGAGGCUGCCAGUAGGGUACUGGUACAGAGGUAUACACAUCUCGCCACGCCUAGCCCCACCCCAUGACCUAGUGAUUGGCCAGUCCUGAUCUCUGGGAAGGGCUUUCAGAAAGAAGUAACCACCCCAGUGCUCAAGACAGUAUUUUAUGGACCCUCUAGGGUCAGUGUGCCCAAGACGCCAUCAUGCUCGGCCUCUGGCUACUCAGCACCCUAUGGACAACCGUCAUAGCCGCUGGACCUCCUUUGCCCCAUGUGAAACAGUAUGAGGUGGUAUGGCCUCAGCGACUGGCUGCAUCCCGCCCCCGCAGAGACCUGCCCUCCCACCGGGGCCUGUACCCAGAGAAUUUGAGCUAUGCUCUUGGGACCAAAGGGAACAAUUUCACCCUGCACCUUAAGAAGAACAAGGACCUGCUGGGCUCAAGCUACAAAGAGACCUACUCAGCUGCCAAUGGCUCUGAGGUGACAGAGCAGCUGCAUGGGCAGGACCACUGCCUCUACCAGGGCCAUGUGGAAGGGUACGAAGGCUCAGCUGCCAGCUUUAGCACCUGUGCUGGCCUCAGGGGCUUUUUCCGAGUCGGGUCCACUGUCCACCUGAUUGAACCUCUGGAUGGUGAUGAAGAGGGCCAGCAUGCAAUGUACCAGGCGGACCACCUGCUUCAGAAGGCUGGGACCUGUGGGGUCAGCGACACCAGCCUGGAUGACCUAGGGCCUCGGGCCUUAGAAAUCUACAGGUCUCAGCCCCGGAACUGGCUACUAGGCAGAGAAACCCGCUAUGUGGAGUUGUAUGUGGUCACUGAUAGCCAAGAGUUCCGGGAGUUUGGGAGCAGAGAGGCUGUACGCCAGCGUGUACUGGAGAUAGUAAACCACGUGGACAAGCUUUAUCAGGAACUCAAUUUCCGUGUGGUCCUGGUGGGCCUGGAGAUCUGGAACAGGGACAAGUUCUACAUCAGCCGCUAUGCCAAUGUUACACUGGAGAACUUAUUGAACUGGAGGGAACAGAACUUGCUAGGCCGGCACCCACAUGACAACGUGCAACUUAUCACGGGGGUCGAUUUCAUUGGGACCACUGUUGGACUGGCUAAGGUGUCUGCCCUGUGUUCCCGGCACUCAGGAGCUGUGAACCAGGACCACACUAGAAGCCCCAUUGGUGUAGCAUCCACCAUGGCCCAUGAGCUGGGCCACAACCUGGGCAUGAGCCAUGAUGAGAAUAUCCAAGGAUGCUACUGUCCUGUCCCACGUGAGAAUGGCGGCUGCAUCAUGACGCAAAGCUUGGGCUCUGCGUUCCCCAAGAAAUUCAGCAGAUGUAGCCAGGUCGACCUAGAGGCAUUCGUGGUGAAGCCCCAUACAGACUGCCUGACCAAUUUCCCAGAUGUCAACCGGUUCGUGGGUGGCCCUGUGUGUGGAAACAAAUUUGUAGAGCGUGGAGAGCAGUGUGACUGCGGUACACCUCAGGACUGCACGAACCCCUGCUGCAAUGCCACCACCUGCCAGCUGGUCAAGGGGGCAGAAUGUGCCUAUGGUGCCUGCUGUCAUAGGUGCAAGGUGAAGCAAGCUGGUGAGCUGUGUCGCCCCAGAAAGGACAGAUGUGACCUGGAGGAGUUCUGUGAUGGCCAGAAGCCAACAUGUCCUGAAGAUGCUUUCCAACAGAAUGGCACACCCUGCCCAGGGGGCUACUGCUUUGAUGGGAGCUGCCCCACACUGGCGCAGCAGUGCCAGAGGCUGUGGGGGCCAGGUGCUCGGGUUGCAUCAGACUCUUGCUUUACCUUUAGCAUCCCUCGGGGCUGCAGUGGCAAGAUGUAUCCUGGCAGGAUGAACCGAUGUGGGAUACUGUACUGUGAGGGAGGCCAGAAGCCCCUUGAACGUUCCUCCUGCACUUUCUCCUCCUACUACGGAGUCUGCCAAGCUCUCAACACAGACAGCAACAAUGGUGCCUAUGAGAUGGUACUCCAGGGUACCAAGUGCGAGGAGGGGAAGGUUUGCAUGAAUGGAUACUGCCAGGACCUCCGUGUGUAUAGAUCUGAGAACUGCUCUGCUAAGUGCAACAACCAUGGGGUAUGCAAUCACAAGGAUAAGUGCCAGUGCCAUGCAGGCUGGGCCCCACCCCACUGUGCACAGCGGCUAGCAAAUGUACCAGAUAAGCGAGCAGCGACUGGGAGCCUUCCAGUCGGUGUGGUGGUGGUUUUGGUGAUCCUGGUAGCUGCGAUGAUCAUUCUGGCAGGUGUCAUCAUCUACCGAAAGGCCCCAAGGCGCAUCCAGAGGAGGAGUGUGGCACCCAAGCCUACCACAGGACUCUCCAACCCCUUAUUCUACAUGGGGGACAACAGCCUGACAGAUAAGAACAGACUUCCAGGCCCUCCAGAAGUGGUUUCUACCAACAAGCCCCCAAGACCCACAGUGACACCAAAGAGGCCACCCCCUGCACCUACAGCUGCUACAUCCAGCCCACCACUCCCUGUUCCAGUUUAUACCCAGCAGGUACCAAAUCUGCUUAGACCUGUUCCACCCAACAAGCCCCUCCAAAAACUGAACCCCAAGCAGGUCAAGCCAAAUUUUGCACCCCCGACACCACCGGUUAAGCCUGGGUCUGGAGGGACCGUGCCUGGAGUGACUCAGAGAGCUGGUGGUCCAACGGAUGCUCUGAAGGUUCCUUUCCAGAAGAGGUGACCAGCUAGGGCACCCAGGGGCCAUCGUAGGCUUGUGGAAGUUUGGAGUUACCAGUGCUCCUUCGGCAACAGCCCCCACUCAGGCUGGACCUGCAGUCACUGUUCCUACCUCAGGAGUAAUCUCUAUGCGGCUCUUGCUGUCCAGCUGCCCACUCGAACCAGUGUCCUCUCACUGGCUUUAGACAGCUUAGGCCACAUGUCUGAAGUUGCUAGGCUGGGGUGGCGUCACCCUCAGUGAGCGACUGUACCUGUCUUCUGGUGUGGACAGGAUGCCAGGACCCCCCCCUCCCAGAAACGUCUGCACCCGCCCUUACCCAGCGACCCCUCUCCAAGGCCGGGGCAGCUUUGCACAAUUCCUGUAUCUACUACAUCCUACUCAUGUACUAGACUUAGGGAGGAAAAGCCACCUUCUGGGGGGAAGGAGGGAGUAAUGGGACAGGAGUCGCCGUCAUUUCGGAGUUGGGACAGAAUGGUUGUCUAACUUACUGCUAAACACUAUUCAUUAAUAAAGAUUUUAUUUUAUCAGUAGAUUACAAA